GUGGGAUUUGUAGUUAAACCAGAAGAUAUUUCUGAGGAAUACAUUCAAGUCCAAAUAGGCUCUUAGCAGGACAGACUGAGGGAAGGACAGAUCCAGAGAAAAGGGGAAAAAAAGAAUACGUGAAGGGCAGAUGGCUUUGCUGCUCACAAACCAACAGCCGGAUGAAUAAAACAUUUAUAUAGGGGGAGGUGUGACAUCUGGGAGAGGGCCCGGUCUGUGAUGGUGUCCCCCUUCCUCUCGAUCCCAGAGAGAUGCCCGUGCAGGAGAUGGCGGCGAGUCCUGUCAAGUCCCUGUACUGGGAGCAGUCCCCCCCCAUGUGCCAGCGCCGAGUCUACUGCACCCCCAUCUACAAUGAAGGCCUGCUCUACGUGCUGGGGGGCUGCAGUGAGACCGGCAUGCCACUGGACAGCGUGGAGGUCCUGGACGUGGAGAGCCAGACGUGGAGCCAGCUGCCGCCACUGCCCACGGCGAGGGCGGGCGCUGCGGGCGUGUCGCUGGGGGGGCAGGUUAUGGUCCUGGGAGGCAUGAAUCAGCUGCAGACCCCGUUGGCUUCAGUGGAAGUUUAUCACCCAGAUGAGGGCAAGUGGGAGCCGAAGGCCAGUCUGGGGCAGCCGUCCAUGGGCAUCACCACUGCGCAGAAAGAUGGCAAGGUGUACGCAUUCGGCGGAAUGGGGGCGGACAUCACACCCCAGGCCGUGGUGAGAGUUUAUGAGGCAGAAAGCGACCAAUGGCAGCCGCUGACCUCAAUGCCGACACCACGAUAUGGAGCCACACCCUUUGUAAAAGGCAACAAAAUCUACAUCAUGGGUGGUCGCCAAGGAAAGAUGCCGGUGACGGCGCUGGAGGCAUUCGACCUGGAGAUGAAGAGCUGGACACGCUACCCGUGCAUUCCGAGCCGGAGGGCCUUUUCCUGCUGUGCAACAAAUGAGCGAAGCCUCUUCAGCCUUGGUGGCCUCCAGCAGCCCGGCCCACACAACUUCUACUCCAGACCUCACUUUGUCAGCACCAUGGAGGAGUAUGAUAUAGAUCAAGGCAUUUGGAUCAAACCCAGUCGAACAUCAAAGAUGCGAGAGAAGAGGGCCGACUUUGUAGCAGGAUGUUUGGGCGGACGGGUCAUUGUGGCUGGUGGUCUCGGCAAUGAGCCAUCACCUUUGGGCUCUGUCGAGAGCUACAACCCGAUAAAGCGUCGUUGGGAGUACGUGGCGCCUAUGCCCACCGCACGCUGCUCGUCUGCACUCCUGCAGACCUCCAGCAUGCUUUUCGUCAUCGGUGGGGUGGCGCAGGGCCCGAGCAAUGCCGUGGAAGCUCUCUGCUUACAGGAAACAGUGUGACACGUGCACAGAGAGCAACGCACACACUGGAGUAAAUGCACGCUGCCGUUGCUAUUUUUGUUGUCGCUUGUGUGGAAAUGGCUGAAAUAUAUUUCCUUGGAUAUAGAGGCUAUCAUCCACACAUACUUUACUACUUUCACACGCGACUGAUGGAUGCCUCUUGAUGGUACACAGAUUCUGAAAGCAUUUCUAAAAGAAAAAAGGCAUUCGGGGACAUUUGCCGACAGAGCUGGACGAAUAAAUACAAGGACAGUCAAGAUUACUGUGACUGAUAAGGAGAGAACACUGACAGCUUGUCUUCCUUGCAGAUGUCAGGGGAAGAUGAAAAAAGAGCAAAAAAUAAACACACACACACACUAUCUGAAGACUUCACAUGCCUUUGAACUCUUGAGCAGUUUUCAGAACAAAAGCAGGGUACUUUUCUGGAUUUUAAAGGAACAUAGGGCCAUAUAUCUGUCACACUCCCCUGCUGCUGCGUCAGCAAUCUGACAUUUUUCUAGUAUUCUCUUUUUUUUUUUCAUAUAAUGAUGUGAUUGUGGGACACUUUAUUUUUGUUCUUUAGUUUUGUUACGGUGUUGUUUAAGUGUUAACAUUCCUGGUAAGUUACUAAAUGUAUGUAUUUAUGAACAAUUGGUUUGGUGGCUGGGUAGUAGAAAGUGUUACAUUUAAAGCGCCAAAAUUUGAAUUUCUUAUAAUUUGAUCAUGUAUGCCGCAGGGGUGUCAAACUCAAAUUCAUGGUGGGCCAAAAUUAAAAAUUGGGACAACGUCACGGGCCUAACUCAAUAUUUAAUGAAAAAUCACUGCGAUGUCCAUGUUUCCCUUCUCUCCAGAAAUGUAGCAUUAAAGUUUAUCAUAUGAAAACAAAUUUAAAUUUUGCUUAAACACUGAAUCUGGAAUAAACAAACUUUAAUAUUAUAAACACGAGAAAUACAAUUUUCGAUAAAAGACAUCAGUGGUAUUUGUUUGUUGUUUUGUAUUUAAAUAGAUAACAUGUAUUCUUCUGUCUUGCCAUCUUCUAUUUAUCUAUCUCCAACUACCUUUCUUUUUGAUGUAAAUCUUUUUUCAAAAGCCAACAACAAACCAACCCCAAAAAAUAAGAAUGUCCUUCAAUAAAAAUAGGAGUUGGAGUUGAUAAAGGGCAUUAAAAAAAAACAUUAAUUCAAUGAUGUUAUAUUCUUUGUUACAGCCAUGUUGCUCCGCACACGAUAAACAGGUCUGUCUUUUACUUUAGUGAACAGACAAUCUGCCUCCCACCUGUCUUGGAAGUUAACGGUUUUCCAUCUUUCGUUUGGCCAUUUUUGGGAAGGGGAAGUGUAAAUUUGCUCGAGGAGACUGGUAGCAUAGUUGCUAACAGCAGCAACAGAAAGGGAAGGGGUGCUCGCCGGUCUAGACUGAUGGGCCAACACACUAGCAAAGCAUUCUGGGAUUUGUAAUAUUAGUGGCGCAUGUGCUAUAUACUGGCAGGCCAGCUCUAAUACACAUUUGAUAUGGUCUUGUGGGCCAAAUAUAAUUACAUCGUGGGCCAAAUUUGGCCCCCGGGCCUGAGUUUGACAUAUAUGAUGUAUGGUGUAAUACCUGAAAUGAUGUGCUCCUUUCUGACUAACAUGAAGCCCAUAACCAAAAAUGUUUUUUUUUUAACUUAAAAAAAAAAACAAAUCUUGAUGAUUGUGUGCCCCCAAAUACCGAAACUUUCCAUGCUACACCACCGAACUCAAGCGUGUUGGAUGUCCAUCCAUGGCCGCCACAACACCACCUGGUGUUGACCACAGUCACUGUGCUUCUUUUUAUCUCCAGCCUUGAGCAGUAAAGUGAUCAAUCGCCGCUGACAUUGUCCGUCACACUGUAGCACACUUUGUUCGUUUGUUUUUGUUUGUAGAUGCUCAAUCACAGCUGCUGCAUCCACUGGACUCCUCAGCCACCAUUACUGACAUGUUUGUUCUGUUUCCUCCAUCCACCACCACCACUGCAACGCAGUGGAUUUAUUACCUCAGCUUGACAUCCAGCACAUUUCGGAUCAAUGGAUAAAUCACCUCAAGGUAAUGUCAGAUGGGCAACCUUUUGAAGCAUAAAAUUGAAUUUAAAGAAUAGGACAAAACACUUGUUGGCAUGUCAUUGUUUGAUGUUUAUGUUGCGUUGGCCAUGCUGUUCUUAGCUUGUACCCAAAACAUCAGCACAAAUGCAAUUGUGCUAACAGGUGUGCAUACCCUGGCAGAAUUUAGAUUUUUAGGCCAUUCUGGGAAUACGAAAUUGGAUCUUUCACUCAUUAGUGGAUGGGUGAAGACAUCAAUUAUCAAAACUUUAUUUAUUUAUUUAUUUGCUCUUUUAAGAUCAUAAUUACAACAGUAAUUCCCGACAUGAUUCUGUUGAAAAGUUGACAGUUUUUAACAUCAAUGACAACUUAAACGUUUUUGUGAUAGUUUCGGUUGAGGUACAGCUGACCAUUCUUCUUUUCAGGUCUCCCCAAAACAUCAGUGAUUCACAUUCAUGUUUCACAGAUGGAAUGUUGUACUUUAAAUCAUAGGCUUUGUUGGCUCCCAUCCAAAUAUAUACCGUAGUCUAUGGUUGUGGCCUUAAAGUUCAAUUUAGGUGCAAUAACUUUGUUUCAGACGUUUUGACGUUUGUUUCUGUGCUGUUUGCUUUGUGGCAAUUUAGUUGUAAUGGCUUUGUUCUAGAGACUUGACCAUGGAGCCCAUUUUUCCUUAAAUGCCUCCCUAGUGUUCAUCAUGAAACAGCCCCACCAGUUUUCUCCAGAGAGUCCUGUAUUUCAGCUGAAAUUAUUUGUGUUUUUUCUUUGUAUCCUGAACAAUUUUACUGGCAGUUGUGGCUGAAAUUUUUGACCGCGGCUUGGUUUCAACAGAAUCUCUCAUUUUCCACUCGGGGAUUUUUUAUUGUCCCAUUGCAAGGACUUUGAAUAAUUAUAUUAUUCAUUAUGAAUGAAAAGCAAACACAAUUGUUUGCUUUUCGAGUGACAUUAGUGACUGUGGCAGCAGUAAAAUGAAAAUAAUGUACAAAACUAUACCAUAAAAUUAUUAUAGAGAAUGUGGCAGAUGUCAGUUAAUACACAUAGGAAUCAAAAUGCGUCCCUGCAUGAUGAUAAAAAUGUAGGUUAGUUGUACCAACUGGCGACCCAAUAAAAACAGAUCCUGAUCUCUAACCUGUGCAAAAAAUUAUGACAUAACCCCCCACCCACCCUCAAAAUUCCAUAAUUUGAAAUGUGAAUUCCUGAGCAACUACGUGGCCAAUUCUGGUAUACAUUUGGUGUAUUUGAUUUUAAUUGAAAUACCUAGAAAAUGCAUGCUGCACACUCUUGUUCAAGCAAAUUUAUCCCACAAAAAAAAUCAUUUUUUAAUUUAUUUCUAAUGGUUUCAUUCACACUGAAAAUGAAAAAGUAAAACUUUAACAAAAUUAAGUCUAACAAAGUUUGUUUUUACACAUCUUUUUAUACGACUAAAGGAUCUAGAUUUUUGGGGGGAACACUGUACACUAUUAGUGGGUGAUAGGGAACAAGUCGUACCAUGAAUAAUUGCCAGGGUUGUAAUUAUGUAACUAUGGAUGCCAAAAGAUGGCGGUAAAGCACUUAAAACAGAAACUAUCAUGAAGCAUCAACACCAUGAAUCUAGCCCCUAUGUGAUCAGGAACCCAUGUUACAUAAAUGACUAUUCAAUAAUGAAAUGAUUCCACACAAACACUUUCACAUGAGGCUCAUCAGUAGUAUUAGCUAGCAUACCAGCCUAAAUAACAUGCCAGCACAAACUGACAUUACAUCACACAUGGGCAAACAAAUUUGCAAACUAGCACUUUGCACAAAUGGUAUGAGUCAUUAAACUCACUUUUGGUACCUACAGUUCACACAAUAAUAUAAAGGAAUAGGCUAAUUUUAACGGCAACGUAGAUUAAAUGGGCCAAUUGUAGCUGCAUCGGGAGAGACUCAAACACAAACUUUCAUUCUGAGCUGCAUUCAAGGACCACCAACAAUAGAGAACAUCUCAAAACCAAUUAAAAAAAAAAAAAAACGUCAAUUAAUUAAACCUAACAACAACAGCAGCACAAAGACUCCAAAACAUGGUGCCAAAGUAAUAUGUUUAUUGCUUUGGCCUGUGGCCAAAAACAGCAAGUAGACAAAUUUUGCAGUGAAUAACAGAGAAUAGGUUCCCAUAACAUUGUGAAUAUGCCAAUUUGCGAAUGCCGUAAUGCGAACAUGUGGGGGUUCACUGCAUAAUUUAAAUAGAUACUAUACUUAACCCAUUUCAGCAAUAGUUUUUCCUGGUCAAGAGUAUAAGCAGUGCCACUAUAAUGACAUUUUUGGGUAACAAGAUCAAUAAAUCUAAACUAAAAACAAGAUGUUCAGAUGACAGACGUAUGCUUCAGAUGUUUGGACCAGCUGCACGCACAAUGAGCUGAUGUGUCAUUUAGUUACUAUUUAUUUGAUGCAUUAAAGCAACUAAUCUUAAUUCAAAAUAAAGAGAAGUCUGUCUGAUCACAGCAUACUAAUUUCAAAAACAUAGAGGGAGAGAAAGAAAACAUGCGUCAGAUGAGUGAAAGAUAAGCCCAGGACCAGAAACACACAAAUGCACACGCUCACUUUUCCUUGGCUGUUGCAGUUUCGAUUUCUGGUCUGCAUCCAGACAGAUCUUAUCUCUUUUGAGGGAUGGUGCCAAUAGACAGUUGGUUAUUUUGGGUGUUCACCAUUUGAUUGUGUUAGGUGCAGGUCACACAGCGCAAAGAGCAUACACACAUAAUGGAUUCGCAUGACAGUGCAAAUGCAUUUUCCACUCAGUUAUGAAAACAGUUCUUUCUACGAACAACUACAGGAAAAAGGCAUGGAUAUAAUCUUGUGAGCUGUGAAGUAAACAAGGUUUUUGUGGUUUUGCCACACUUCGAUAUUGCAUAGGACUGUUGUGUCUUGCUGCUAAAGAAAAAUGAUUUAUUAGAUUUGAUAUAUGUCAUCGGUCCAUCCCCAAUUUUGCAAUUGUGAGGCUGCGACGUGGGCAGUUGUGAGACUGAUCCAUUCUGUCAGUUUGCCAGCACACUGGUGCUUGUGAGCAUUUCUGAGAAAUGUCUGUAAAACCUCAGUAUUUAUUAUUAGGCCAUCUGGAGGUUGGAGAGUGUCAUCUAAUUUCAUCUUGUGUUUUUCUCUGCUCCCCCCCAAAAAUCCCUUCAAAGAAAUCGAAGACUUCUUCACUAGGUUGCCCUAUUUUUCCCUUUUAUUUUUUAACAUAAUCUCUGUCACUCCCUCAUUGAGUCACAGUGGCUCAUGGAUCAGAUGUUCUAUAGGUGCCAGGUUAGUUUCUCACCUCUCACAGCCAGUUGAGGGAUAAGAGCAGGAUGAUUCAGAGCAAGUAGAAGUCAAUUACAUGCUGAACCCUUUUAAACAGGCCACGAGUGGAUGAUGCACAAGCCUGCUUGAAUGUGAAGGCAAAUGCAUUCUUGUUGAAAGCCAAAAUAUAUUGCCAACCUACAUCCCAAGGCACUUUGUAUUUGGAAUACGUUUUGGGUUAGUUUAGUGAUCAAAUUUUCCAACUAUGUGCGUUAAUGAUGUAAAAAUAUCCAUCCAUCCAUUUUCUGAGCCGCUUAUCCUCACAGGGGUCGCGGGCGUGGUGGAGCCUAUCCCAGCUAUCUCUGGGCGAGAGGCGGGGUACAACCUGAACUGGUCGCCAGCCAAUCGCAGGGCACAUACAAACAAACAACCAUCCGCACUCACUUUCACACCUACGGGCAAUUUAGAGUUGUCAAUUAACCAACCAUGCAUGUUUUUGGGAUGUGGGAGGAAAGCGGAGUGCCCGGAGAAAACCCACGCAGGCACGGGGAGAACAUGUAAACUCCACACAGGCGGGGCCGGGGAUUGAACCCUGGUCCUCAGAACUGUGAGGCUGCCUGAUGUAAAAAUAAAUCAGUAAAAACUUUGCACACAGGCUUAGGGUCCAUUGUGCCAAGAAAGUAUCUAUUACAUUUUGGUGCAGAUUUAUUGAAUUUAUCGCUAUUCUAUUCUGCUGAUCCAACAUUAAGUUAAACAAAACAUUAUUCUAUGUACUUUAAUUAUGUAUUUAUUGACAAGUUUUCUUUGUUCUUUAUUUUCUUUUUUCUUCAGAAUUAAAAUCCGAAUUAUUUUUUAUUUAUUUUGUAAGUGCUCUCGGGUGGACCCCUGGGCCCGACCCCGCCUCUCGAUUGAUCGGGUGGGGUCCUCGGCCUCUGCGGUGCAGGCACAGCAAUUACAGGACACUUCUGUCAGUCUGCAUGCAAAACGGUGUCAAUUCACUUGCAUGUGUCCGCACUUAUUGCGACAAAUAACUCAUGAAUAUGCAAAUUGCUUAGGUAUCCCCUCACUCACACUCUCGUCUUAUAGACUUUUAUAAUUUACAUAGUCAAUCCCACCACACUUCAGUUGUACAGCCGGGUUCACGACCCUUGUCCUGGAUGCUUCUUCUCCUGUCCUUGUCCUGUUCUAUCUUGUCCUGUCCUUCCCUCACAGGGACUACACUACAGCACUACAGCCCUGUACAACACUCAUAUCUAAUGUUUCAUUGUUGUAGAUAUGUAAUGAUUUACUUUUCUUAUCGUGUUUACAGUUAGUGCUUUGUCUUUUGUCUUCAUUUCGCUCUCCCCGCUAGAAACUUUUUUCUGUUCAACUGACCGACUCUGAUUCUCAAUAAACAUCAAUUAUAAUACUUAGAAACCACAGCGGCAGCUUAAAAACUCCACGGUGACACAGUAAAACUGUUCCGGCAUAGAAGGGAUACAGAUCCUCCAUUCUGCUUGACCUAACAGCUGAACAGGACAAAAAAAAAAAAAAAAAAAAAAAGUGGUGGGCAAAGUAUGACCUGCAGGCCACAGAGGGCCCACUCCGUUCUUUCUAUCUGCAUUUACUAUUUAUUAUCAGUAGUCCUUUAAUAGUUAUUCAGUUUUAAUUUCAAACCUUUAAUUUAGAAAUUAUUUCCUAAAAUGUCAUUAUUUUUUUCAUUCAACUACCUUAUCAACUCAUUUGGUUAACGAUGUCUGCAAAUAAUAAAACACAAAUAUUACAUUUACAUUGAACAGUAUGUUAUUACAUUUAUUUUUACUAUUUUACAUACAGUUUAUUUAUUUAUUUUAAGUCAUCUUACAAAAGACUUGGCCCAUCUGUCCAUGUUAAAAAUCUUAUAUGGGCCUUGAGCACAAACGUUUGCCUACCCCUGAGAUGAAUGGCGUUCAUGUGAGUGAGUCUUGAAUUAAAAAGCUGAGACAAAGUUGCGUGUAAAUGAACACUGUUCAGUUUGACUCAGAAUUUAAUAUAACCACUGUUGAGUUGUUUAUUAAAGUGAAACCAGUUUGGACACAUGUUUUGGGAAACAAGAGAGCAUAAUUCUGCUCCUGUUGUGAUCUUUCCCAUUCUCUCUCUCUCUUGCUGUACUGUGCUGUUUCCCUAUACGGUGAUUAACAUGAUAGAAACAGGAACAAAUGCUUUGUGGUCUCAGUGAACUAUUGCUGUGUGAUCUGUCUGUGCAAAUGUGAUUACUGCACUGGAUGAAGUGUUCAAAAAAUGAUGAGAUGAAGUGCUGGGAAUUGUGGUCAUUCCCAUAUAAUAUUAAUGAUGUACCUACUGUAUAUCAUGAUGCUUUACCCCCCAUGGACACUUUAUGAUAUACUGUACUGUAGUCAUACAAUGACUAAACAUUUAUGACGACAGUAUAUCACAGUUAAUUAGGACAGGAACUAAAGCAAACACUUCCCCCACACUGAUACCUAGAAAGUGUUCCAUUGAGAAUUAAAUUCAAAAUUGUUUUAAAAGUAAGGCACACUAUUAAAUUAUUGUAGUAUUACUUCAGCUACACACCUUCGCCACUCUGGAUACAUAUACAAACCUCACUAUGUGACGUAUUAAAAAAAAAGAAAAAAAAGUCCCACAAAAAAAGUCCCACUGCAACAAAAACCACUAGCCCUAAUGUCAAGCUCAUGUAUGAGUUUCAUAAUUCUAAAUAUUACCUUAAUUUAACACAAAUAAUAAUCUACACAUUCAUUUUUUUGCACGAAAGGGGACAUAAUUUGAGCAUUUUUUAAAAAUGUUAUCACAGUGGACAUGAUUAAGUGAUUCCUUGUUGUGAAUUUGGAACUUUGGAACAACACCCAAAAUAUUGUUGAUUCAUCAAACUUUAAAUCUUCCACUGAUAAAUUGACUGAGCAGCAGUCAUUCAAAUGUAACAUUCUAAUAUUCUUCCUGAAGUCCAGUUCAGUUCCGUUCAACUCAGCCUCAGUUACUUGCACUUUCAAAGUCCGUAAUUUGCAAUGACUAAAUGAGCAAAACAAAUUACAUUUUAUUUACCUAUCUCCGGUAAUCGCAAAGUUGCAGAAAUAAGAUUGCAGCAGCUGCAUUAUUCAUCUGACAAACAAACUGUAAUAGCAUCAGCAAGAAGCUAGCUUCUCAUAGUUGAAAACAGCUGAGAACACAAAAUGCCCCAUUGUGUGCCAUUAAUGGUAACUGUGCAUCAGCGCUUCAGAUGUACAACCCUAUUAUAACGAUAGUGAUUAACACUAUUUGAUAAUCCCUCUAAGAACAAGGUAAUUGUAUCCAAGUGUUUUUCAAUUGCACAAUAACGUCAAGUAACAAGAUGAUGUAUUAUUGUAUUAUUAUAUCGUAAUAAUGGUGAUCGCAUCAUUUGUAGGUGUUGUGCUUGCCAUAAAAGAUGAAUGUGACUCUUUGUUGUGUUCAAGAUGUAACAGUUAAACUAAGGUAUGUAUUUAAUAGUGCAGUAGUGCAUUAAUCGUCUUGAUGGAUGAAGGUGUCAUGUCCAAAUGGAAGCCUGACACACCCCAUUAACGUGGUUUCUAAACGGGUUUUUGAUCCAUGGAGAGUUAGAUUCAGUCAUAACAUUGAACCACGACAUAACGCACAUGACAUCAAGUCUUGUUCCCUUACUGGUAAUAUAACACACAGACUGCUCCACUGAUUCAAUUGGGAAGGCCUUUGUAUUUCAGUUUGUCACUCAGGUUGAUCAGAAUGAUGAUGAUGAUAAUGAUGAUGAUGAUGAUGUGUCUGGCAGGCUUUGGUUCUCACAGCAGUGCAGUAGUUCAGUGCCUAUGCUAAAUGUGAGGU